AUGAGCGCCGCCGAGGAGACCAAGCCCGUCGAGGCUGUCGCCGCCGAGGCGCCUGCCCAGGCUGCCGAGCCCGUCGAGGUUAACGAGCCUGCGAAGGCCGAAGAGCCCGCCAAGAAGGAGGAGACCGAGGCCAAGCCUGAGGAGGCCGAGGUCAAGCCUGAAGAGACCGCAGCCAAGCCUGAGGAGAAGAAGGAAGACGUUCUCAAGACGACCGCCCAGAUCGACUCCAAGGAUCACGCCAACAACGUGAAGUUUGAUGCCUCUGUGCUCCAGGAGACCGAUGACCCGGUCGAGAUUCGCAAGCAGGUCCACGAAAAGGUCGAGUUUUACCUGUCCGACAGCAACCUGCCCCACGACAAGUACCUGUGGGAGCUCACCGGUGGCUUCGAGAACAACGCCAUCCCCCUCAAGACGAUUACCUCCUUCAAGCGCAUGCGCCGUUUCCAGCCGUACUCCGCCGUCGUCGCCGCGCUCAAGGAGAGCGCCAGCCUCGAGAUCUCCGGCGAGGAGGGUGAGGAGCUGAUCAAGCGCAAGCAGGCGUACACCCCUAGUAACGACAAGUACAACCUGCGCUGCGUCUACGUCAAGGGCUUCGGCGACGAGGAGCCCUCCACCCAGUUCGACCUCGAGGCCUUCUUCACCCAGUUCGGCCCCAUCAACUCCGUCCGCCUCCGCCGCACCGCCGAGAAGCUCUUCAAGGGCUCCGUCUUCGUCGAGUUCCCCGACGAGGAGGCCGCCCAGAAGUUCCUCGCCCUCGACCCCAAGCCCAAGUGGAAGGGCCACGACCUCAAGAUCAUGCCCAAGGUCGACUACGUCAAGGAGAAGAGCGCCCUCAUCAUCGCCGGCAAGCUCGAGCCCAACCAGUCGCGCCGCUUCUUCGAAGGCAAGGAUGGCAGCGACCGCGGCCGCGGCAAAAACAACAACCGUGGCGGCAGGGACAAGGACAACUGGAAGCAGCGCCGUGACAACGACCAGAAGAACGGCUUCAGGGGAGGACGCGGCGGCCGCGGUGGCCGCGGCAGGGGCCGUGGUGGUGACCGCCGGGGCGGACGCGACCAGCAGGAGAACCGCAGGGAUCCCAACGAGCGUGCUAACGACCGCAACGCUGGCAAGCCUACCAUCCAGGCCACCAACGACAAGGGCGAAGUCGUCUCCGAGGACAAGAACAACAACGGCAAGCGCGCCCGCGAGGACGACGGCGCCGCCGCUCAGCCCGAGGCCAAGAAGGUCGACACCAAGGCCGAAGUCGCCGCAUAG